UGUCCCUUGUUCAUAUAACCCUUCUCUAAAUUAUCAAGAUAUCGUAAUAAUUAAUGUCUGGCGCUACUUCUGAACUUGAGCCCAUCGUUUACGCCGACAGUGAAGAUGACAUCGACUGGGAGGAAGUCGAAGUUGAAGCACAGCCGGAACUGGAGCGACAUUUAGAAAUCACGCUGCAUGAACGACCCAAGCUAAAGGACAAAGUGAAGAAGAAAGGAAUAUCGCAUGCAGACCGAGUCCUACGAAUCAAUUGCCACAAAAUUCACACUGUAUCUCUUCUUGCCAACGCCUGGGUCAGGAAUAAGUGGCUCAACGAUGAGCUUCUCCAUGCCCGGCUCAUGUCCUUCGUCCCUAUGUCCAUUCAAACUUCUUUCGUCAUGAUUCACAAGUCUCGCGUACCAGAUCAAGCGAAGCGCGGUCGAAUGUUCGAGAAAUCCCUCGACACUCUUGUCAAGUGGUGGUAUGAGUCCUUCUUUGAGGUCCUCCCAGAAGGACACAUACGAAACCGGACGUUUGAUUUCGUUCAGAGGCGCAUGCCGUUGGACUCCCAAACUCAGACUGGAGAGGAGUGCGUUCUCGAUACGGAAGUGCUGCAAGAUAUCCUUGACGAUGAUGUCGAACGCAUCAAGAGUUCGAAGAGUCUUAUGAAGCAUGCGCUGAUGCAGAGCGGGUCACGAGAUACGGGAGCUCAACUGUUUACGGCGCUAUGUAGGGGCCUAGGAAUACCGGCGAGGCUUAUUGUGAGCUUGCAGAGUGUGCCGUGGCAGGCAGGUGUUGGAAAGCCUAGGCCUAAAUAUGAUAAGAAGAAGAAGAAUAGCCAGGUGAGGGAUCCUGAGGACGGUGAACCCAAAGACGAGACACCAAUUGCGUCAACGUCUGCCUCGAGCUUGAAUGACCUCGCGUUCAAGGGAGAAGGGCAGAGGUUAGAUGGCGCUCCCGUCGGAAAGAGUGACAAAGCAAAAGGAAAAGAAAAGGCUAAACCAACGGUCAAACUGCGCAAGACCAAGAGUAAAGGUAACGUUCUGGGUGCAGCGCCGCCCAAGAAAGAAGAUCCUACCUCCACUCCGCCAGUAUUCUGGACAGAGGUCUUCUCGCGGCCUGACGGUCGGUGGAUACCAAUUGACCCACUCCGAGCUGUUGUCAAUAAACGGAAUGUCUUUGAUCCUACGGGAAUGUCGCAGCAGAAUCGGCUAGUGUAUGUUUUGGCUAUAGAAGAGGAUGGGUAUGCUAGAGAUGUGACAAGAAAGUAUGCUAGACAGUACGGUGCCAAGGUGGCGAAGGUUCAGGGUGGCGCUGUGACUGGGGGAGGUGGGAAGGGAAGGGAAGCGUGGUGGGAGAGAGUCGUUAGUAUUGUAACGAGGCCGUAUCGACUGAACCGCGACGACGUGGAAGAUACCGAGUUGGAAUCGGCGCAGAUCAGGGAAGGUAUGCCAACGACGAUUUCCAGGUUCAAAGACCAUCCAUUGUAUGUCCUAACAAGGCACCUGAAGCAAACAGAAGCGAUCCAUCCGCCGCCACCUGACACGCCUGAGUUGGGCAAGUUCAGAGGGGAGCCGGUAUAUCCUCGGUCGUCGAUCGUUUCAUUGAAGACGGCUGAGAAUUGGCUGAGAACCGAGGGGAGGUCGGUCCGCGAAGGUGUCCAGCCUCUGAAGAUGAUCAAGUCGCGUCCAGGGACUAUCGGACGGAUGAGGGAGCUUGAGAUCCUCAAGGACAGCCUGAGGGAAGCCGGAGAGGAUGCCGACGAUCAAGCUCAGGUCAUGCAUGGUUUGUAUGCGCGCGGUCAAACUGAAUUAUACGUCCCCAAACCCGUGGUUGAUGGCAAAAUUCCCAAAAAUGACUUUGGCAAUAUCGAUCUAUAUGUGCCUACGAUGCUUCCUAGGGGUGCUGUCCAUGUUCCUUUUAAGGGUGUCCAGAAAAUUGCCAAAAAGCUUGGUUUAGAUUACGCCGAUGCAGUCAUAGGCUUCGAAUUUAAGAAACGUCGCGCGUUUCCGGUACUGGAAGGCGUUGUUGUCGCUGUAGAGAACGAGCAAGUUCUAUUAGAUGCAUACUGGGAAACGGAACAAGAUGCACAAGAGAAGGCGCGAGUGAAGCGGGAAGAAAAGGCUAUCAAGAGGUGGACAAGGCUGAUCCAUGGGCUGCGAAUCCGGCAGAGGCUGCAGGAGCAGUAUGCUGGACGCGGAGAAGAUAAGGCCACGGAGAAAGAGGAUGAAGAGAAACAACCCGAGCAUGGCGGUGCGGGGGGAGGAUUCCUCGUGGGUGCUGAUGAUGUCGUUCAGGCGUUUCACCUUCCCAAGGCCCCGCGUCUUGAUAUAGAUCUCGAGUCCGAUCUUGUAGCCUCUACCGUGCAGAAUCUACUUUCAAAGGAAGACGGCGAGAAGAAGAAAUUCGACCUGGAAACCAUGGACGUGGAUUCCGAUUUGGACGAGGUCGUAGUAAUGGGAAGCGCCACGAGCCACAUUCCCAAAACCAUGCGUGAGCUGGCGGAGGAUGCUGCGCGGUUGCGGGUGGUGGACAAUGAAGAGGAGGAGGAAGUGGAUCCACCCAAGAAAGAUGGAAAUGGAAAUAGGAGAGGAAAAGGAAAAGAUUCAGGCACGUCUAGGAAAGGGGGAAGCAAAUCUAAACGACGAAAGAGGGGCAGGGAUCUUGAUGAGAGUGAGGGUGAAGGUGAGGGUGAGGCGUCACCUGCGAAGAGGGGGAAGACUGUGGCGUCGUCGACGAGAACUUUGCGCCCGCGUGCUUCGAAGAACAGAGCGAAGAUUGAGGAAGAGACGGCACAUGAGGAUGCCAUUAGGCUUGCUAUUGGAGAGUAAUAUUAUUUCAGAGUUGUCGACGUGUUGACAGAGCUGCCUUUCCACCUAGCCGGCACCGUAAUAUGCUCUACUGCAUGACUUAUGGUUUGGGUAUCACUUCUAAGCUGGGAAGAAGGAUCCAACGUUUCCCGCUACGUGAAAAUGACUUUUCAAAUUUGACUGAGUGUUUCAGAGCUAGAUCGCAAUUAGUAGUGCCGGCUCGCUGCGAUACAACCAUUGCAAGAUGCCGCCGUCACGCAUAUUUAGGACCGUAAUGUUGGCGUUCCUUGCGACUAUUCCUGUAACUGUUAUGAGUGAACGAGCGACACCUGCACGGAUCUCCCGAGGGAGCUUUAUUAUAUACUAUAUGCAUACGAUCCUUUUG